AUCUCUCCUUGUCUUUGCUUAAUCUUAACUACUCUUUCUUCCUUGUCGUUUCAAAUGGCGCAAUUGUAUUCUUCCGUGAAACCCACGCCAAUGUUGAAAGAUGAGCUAGACAUUGUGAUACCCACCAUUCGAAACCUCGACUUCCUGGAGAUGUGGCGACCCUUCUUUGAACAGUACCAUUUGAUCAUUGUUCAAGAUGGUGAUCCUUCGAAAGUCAUCAACAUUCCAGAAGGGUUUGACUACGAGCUCUACAACAGGAACGACAUCAACCGAAUCUUAGGUCCCAAGGCCUCUUGCAUUUCAUUCAAGGACUCUGCUUGCCGUUGCUUCGGUUACAUGGUCUCCAAAAAGAAGUACAUCUACACCAUUGAUGAUGAUUGCUUUGUUGCAAAGGAUCCAACUGGGAAAGAGAUCAAUGCGCUUGAGCAGCAUAUCAAGAACCUCUUAUCUCCAUCAACCCCACAUUUCUUUAACACACUUUAUGAUCCAUACAGAGAUGGGGCCGACUUUGUUCGUGGAUACCCUUUUAGUAUGCGCGAAGGUGCUAUAACUGCGGUCUCUCAUGGCCUCUGGCUCAACAUCCCUGACUAUGAUGCUCCCACUCAGCUUGUGAAACCUCUUGAAAAAAAUUCCAGGAAAUUUGAUCUUCCAUUGAGGCUACCAAUUUUGUAUGUUGAUGCAGUCAUGACCAUUCCCAAAGGAACUCUUUUUCCUAUGUGUGGUAUGAACCUCGCUUUUGACCGAGAGUUGAUUGGUCCGGCCAUGUACUUUGGGCUUAUGGGUGACGGACAGCCAAUCGGACGCUAUGACGACAUGUGGGCUGGUUGGUGUGUCAAGGUGAUAUGUGACCAUAUGGGAUGGGGAGUGAAGACGGGUUUGCCUUAUAUAUGGCACAGCAAAGCCAGCAACCCAUUCGUGAACCUGAAAAAGGAAUACAACGGAAUCUUUUGGCAGGAAGAGGCGAUACCGUUCUUUCAAUCUGUGACUCUUCCUAAAGAAUGCACUUCGGUGCAGCAAUGCUACCUCGAGCUGGCCAAGCUCGUGAAAGAGAAACUUGGGAAGGUUGAUCCUUACUUCAUCACACUUGCAACUGGAAUGGUCACUUGGAUCGAAGCUUGGGAGGAGCUUAACUCCGAGGAGGGAACUGAGGCUAAGGCACCAAACGGAAAAAAUGAGUAAAAGAGAAGGUCACAGAAUAAGGCAACUGGUAUUGUUUACUAGGAGAUAAGGGUUUGAGUCACAUGUGCAACCCUCUCUGUUUUUCUUAAUCAUAAUUGGAUUUGCUUCUGUCUUUAAUUUCUUGUCAUCAGCAUUUGUGUUCUCAGUCCAUUGUCAGU